AUGGGACUUGGAAUCUGGGAGCCGAAAGGCUCGCCCAAUGUUACUGGGACGAUUCAGAUGAGCCUUCAUAAAGAGGAAGAUCAGGACGAGACAAAGCAGAACUCAGUGGCACCAAACGCGGACGGGAAUCCCAAUACCUUGAAUUUGGUGGCAGUUGCUUCCUCUACUGCUCAUAGUGCCACUACUACACUCAAGACUACCAAAAAGGGAAUCGUACUUCAUCCUCAACCUCACGACAACCCAAACGAUCCGUUGAACUGGCCACUCUGGCGGAGAGACAUGGCCCUCAUAGUGCUUGGAUUUCACUGUUUUAUUGGUGGAGGCCAGACGCCCAUUUUGGCUGCUGGAAUGACGAAAAUCGCCAAAGAAUUCGACAAAAGCCCUUCCAACACGUCAUAUCUGGUUGGAGGGUUCAUGCUUUCGCUUGGAUUUGGCUCGCUUUUCGCAGCACCCACUGCAAUUUUGUACGGGAAAAGAAUCAUAUACCUUCUGGGGAUAGUCCUGGCAUUUGGAGGUGCGAUUUGGGGUGCUUGUGCGAACUCUUUCGGCUCAUUAAUGGGAGCAAGAGUGUUGAUGGGUAUUGGAUUUUCGCCCUGUGAAUCACUACCUUCCGCUACCAUCGCGGAAAUCUACUUCUCGCAUGAAAGGGCCUAUAGACUUGGCUUCUACACCAUGCUGUUACUAGGAGGAAAACAUCUUGUUCCGUUACUCUCUGGGUUCGUGUUUGACAAACUAACUCGCCAUUGGCUGUUCUGGAUAGUAGCCAUCAUUGUUGGAAUAAACCUGGUACUCACCGUGUUCUUUGUGCCCGAAACAUUCUGGGACAGAACCCCAACACCGAAUAAGAGAUCGCAAGAGGAAACUCGCCAGGCUCGACAGGUUGCAGCAGAGAGACUGCGGGAUGCUCUUAGACGUCAGGAUUCGUUUGUUUCAAAUCACGUACCGAACAGUUUUGCCAUACCGAAACCAGAAGAGGACGACAGCCUUUCUAUCAACAGUUUGGACUCGUCGUUGCACAAUCGUACAAAUCUGGAGAUUGACCCUGAGGCCCGUCCUGUUGGUCUGAGUCAUUUUACCGAGCCAGCGACUACCUUGUCUCAUGAUUCUGUGAGGAAGAAGACAUUUUUACAGGAACUGCACGUUUUCUCUGGGAGACAUACCCAGGACCAUUGGUGGAUGGUUUUCCUACGACCAUUCGUCUUAUGUGCAUACCCAAAUGUGCUCUAUGGAUCGUUGAUAUACACCUUCGCCGUUGUGUGGUUGAUUCUCAUCUCUGAGACAAUCUCUCAUCUUUUCGUAGCAGAUCCAUACGAUUAUUCCCCGACAAUCAUUGGUUUAUUUUAUGUGGCUCCCUUUGUCGGAAGCAUUUUGGGAUCAUCCAUAGCCGGUCGUCUUUCAGACAUUUUGGUGCGCAAAAUGGUGGAUCGUAACGACGGAGUGUACGAGCCUGAAUUCAGACUGGUGAUGAUCAUUCCGGUGUUUUUCACCGUAGUAAUUGGUCUCAUGGGAUUCGGCUGGGCCACUCAGGCUCACGAUCUGUGGAUCGUUCCGGUGGUGUUUUUUGGGAUUUUGGGGUUUGGGUGCUCGCUGGCUUCAACUACUGCAAUCACCUACACAGUCGACUGCUACCGUGUGUUUGCUGCUGAAGGAUUGGUCACGCUGAACGUGAUGAAGAAUGUAGUUGGGUUCCUCUUCUCCCUCUUCAACAAUUCCUUUGUGGAUACUAAGGGCUCGAAAACUGCCUUUGUCACGUUUGGAGGCAUCCAGAUCUUUCUCUGCUUGCUCGGUCUUGGAAUGUACCGAUACGGUAAGGUUUUGAGGCGUUGGAAUGACGAGAAAGAGUUUAUGAGGUAUCUGUAUGUGAAACGAGAGUAG